UGUCAGUAGUGUCGCUCAUCACUCUCUCAUAACUCGCAAUAAAACAACACGACGGUAAAAUCGAAAAAAGAAGCUCUUGUGGCAAAGCAAAUUUUGGAAAAAAUCUAUAAGAUUUUCGUGGAAAGUUUGUUGUCGGCGGAGAAUUGUGGGAAAGCGAUAUUGUCAAUAUAUUUUUUACAAACGAAAUAUUGUGUAAUCAAGUGUUAAAAACUUCUGGUCAGUUUCUUUACUCGUCAAUCGUUGAUAGCACCACCAAAUAACACCUUAUAAUAAUACAAUUGCCUUGCCCUCCAUUUUUUCAUUGCGCACGGUUUGCUUCUGUCAAUUGAAUUUUGUGUGUGCGUGCGUGCGUGUGUUUGAAUUUGAAUGCCUGCAAAGGAAAAAUCAAGAAAAACUUCAUAAUUUCCCAACAAAAAGAGUAAUAAAAAUUGUGUAUAAAGUUUAUAAAUAAAUUUUCAAGUGAAAGUUUAUGCAUAUUUGUGGUAUCGUUAUAUUGUGAAAAUAAUAACAAAGCAGAAAGAGCGAGAAAUUAGAAGUGCACUUUUUCGGUUUGUUUAUAAAAAUAAUACCAAAAAAAAAAAUACGUUGCUGCUUGUGAAUUGAACGAAGAAGAAGAAGUGGAAGAAUUGUAGAUAGAAUACAAUACAAACAACAAGAACAAGAAUAAUCAAAACAACAACGCAAGGCAACAUUGUCGUUUACCGUCCAAGAGAGUAAAAGAAUAGAAAGAGAAAGAGAGAAGGAAAACUAAAUUCUUUGCAUCAAAGCUAAAUUGUCAAAAAAUAGGGAGAAAGCAUUUCCCCAUCAUCAUCAUCAUCGGCGAACAACAAUCAUCACAUUUGUGUUCCUCCUAAAAUUGUAUAUAUUUUCUAAGACGAGAUUUUAUUGCUGAAACACACAGCCCUUCAACAUGUUUAGUCCUGAUUAUGAAAAACGCAUUUUGAAACACUGCAGUCCCGUGGCCAGAAAUCUAUUCAACUCCUUUGAAGCUGCCUCCACAACCUCAUCGCUGGAUCGAUUUAUACCUUGCAGAGCAAACAAUAAUUGGCAAACAAAUUUCGCUUCAAUAAAUAAAUCAAAUGAAAACUCACCACAGACGAGUAAAAAGCAAAGGGACUGCGGUGAAACGGCCCGUGACAGUUUGGCAUAUUCGUGUCUGCUGAAAAAUGAACUACUGGGCACGGCCAUUGAGGAUGUAAAGGCCAUCAGUGAUGAGCGCAAUGAGAAUGCAUAUACGCCGACCGCCAAGAGGAGUCUCUUCAAAUACCAAUCACCCACGAAACAGGAUUUCAAUGAACAAUGUCCCUAUUCUUUGUCGCCGGUUAGUACGAAAAGUCAAAAACUGCUAAGGUCACCGAGAAAGGCAACAAGGAAAAUAUCACGAAUCCCCUUUAAAGUCUUAGAUGCCCCUGAAUUACAAGAUGAUUUCUAUUUAAAUUUAGUUGACUGGUCAUCACAAAACGUCUUGGCCGUGGGUUUAGGUAGUUGUGUUUACCUAUGGAGUGCCUGCACAAGUCAAGUAACACGUUUGUGUGAUCUCACCACAGAUGCAAAUACCGUCACCUCGGUAUCGUGGAAUGAACGUGGCAAUUUGGUAGCUGUUGGCACGCAUCAUGGCUAUGUUAUGGUAUGGGAUGUGGCAGCUAGUAAACAGAUCAACAAAUUAAAAGGCCACUCUGCUCGGGUUGGUGCCUUGGCCUGGAAUGGUGAUAUACUGUCAAGUGGUUCACGUGAUCGCCUUAUUAUACAACGAGAUACCCGAACACCAGCCCAACAAUCAGAGCGACGUCUAGUGGGACAUCGUCAAGAGGUGUGUGGCCUCAAGUGGUCUCCAGACAAUCAAUACUUGGCCAGUGGUGGCAAUGACAAUCGUCUCUAUGUUUGGAAUCAACAUUCUCUUAAUCCUGUGCAAUCCUAUACUGAACAUAUGGCAGCUGUUAAGGCAAUUGCCUGGUCACCCCAUCACCAUGGUUUGUUGGCAAGUGGUGGCGGUACUGCAGAUCGUUGCAUACGCUUCUGGAACACCCUCACCGGACAGCCAAUGCAAUGUGUUGAUACCGGAUCACAAGUUUGUAAUUUGGCCUGGUCAAAGCACUCGUCGGAACUCGUGUCGACACAUGGUUAUUCACAAAAUCAAAUUUUGGUGUGGAAAUAUCCAUCACUGACACAGGUGGCCAAGUUGACGGGCCACUCAUAUCGUGUUCUCUAUUUGGCUUUGAGUCCCGAUGGCGAGGCCAUCGUCACAGGGGCCGGCGAUGAGACAUUGCGUUUUUGGAAUGUGUUCAGCAAAGCAAGGAGUCAAAAAGAGAAUAAAUCUGUUUUAAAUUUAUUCACAAAUAUUAGAUAAAUUACCAGAGCCACUGUAAAAGAAAAAAAAAAAACAUAGGAUAAGCUAAGAAAAUUAUGAAACGAGAAAAACUAGAAAGGCAAUUAUUAAUGGAUAUAACAUAGAAAAUAUGAUCGUAAGAAUUAUAUAUAAAAAAUACAUAAAUUUUAAGUAGUUGUGCUUAUCAUAAAAAAAAAAAAAAACAAAAAGAAAAUGAAAUGAAAAAAACAAAACUAUUCAUUGCCCCCAUCACCAUCAUCAUCAUUGUUUCUCAUGAGCCGCCCAAACCCAAGCAAGCAACCAACCAACACCACAUCCUAACUUUAAUGCAAAUCACCAAAAAUAUAUUUGUUUUAUUCUACAUAAGCCUGCUUAAAAUAAUGACUUGAUAUACAUACAUAGCGAUAUAUAUAUUUGUAAAAUUUAUCAUAUAUUUUUGUGAAUUUGGAAAAUCACAAUUUUCCUGCAGCAACAGUUUUUUUUUAUAUAUUUUGUUUUCCUUUUUUUUUAUUUUGUAUUUAAUUUUAUUUUCUCUUGGAAAAAAAAUGAUUUGGAAUUUGUUUUCAAAAGCUUUGAUUUGAUUUGUUUAAUAUAUAUAUUUUUGAUUUUGAAUAUCUUAUUCAAUGAGUCGUUUAAUUUGUUUGAAAUUUGACUAAAAAAGAAACGCACUGCAACAUAUUUUUGAGACAAGUGAAGCGAAGAAAGAUUAAAAUGGAGGAUAUUCACAUUUCGGAAUUCAUUGAAAUAUGGGAAAUAUAAUAUAUAUAAUAUUAAAUUCUAUUGAAAGAUUUGAUUUUUGGGAAAUUAUUUUUUCAAUUUUUAGAAAACUGGAGAUAUUAGAAAUUGUUAACUUAAAAAUUGUGAACCUAAAGAAUCAGAAAUUACCUAAUGUAAGACUAUAGGGAAACGGUAUUGGAAUAGAAAUUCCCAUAUUUUGCAGUGAUUUUCGAUCACAGGUCUCUUUGGACCAAAUCCGUUUCAGGACAUUUGGAGUCGAUCUAGCGAUAUCCGUCCGUCCGUUCGUCUAUCUGGCUGGCUGGUGUCCACGAUAACUCUCGAAGGGAGUAUCCGAUUUGGUCCAAUCUUGGUACAUCGUAAUAUUAUUGUUAAACUUAGAUCGAGUUCGGAGAUGAGUAGUAUCGGUCCACUCCUUCUAGAACCUCCCCCACAAACUGCCGAAAUUUUUCAAGAAAAUAUUUUAUUGCACAGAAAGAGAAAGGAUGAUCCGAUUUUGCUCCAACUUUGCAUAUCCUAAUAUUUGCAUCAAUGCUACGUCAGGUGCAAAAAUGGACAAUAUCGGUCCAUCCCAUCAAGUACCUCCUCCACAAACGUUCAAAAUUUUGAAUAAUUACAACUCUUAUAAAAUGUGAUGUAAAAGUCCGAUUGUUUUUAAAUUUCACAUAUCCUAAUAAUUUUAUUAACCCAAGGUCUGGUGUUAAGAUGGAAUUUAUCGGUCCACUCCUUCUGGUACCUCCCCCACAAAAGGUCGAAAUUUUCAAAAAAUAUUAUUUUUGCACAGAAAGAGAAAGGAUAAUCCGAUUUAGCUCCAACUUUGCAAAUCCUUAUAUUUGCGUCAGUGCUACGUCAUGUGCAAAAAUGGAAAAUAUCGGUCCACUCCAUCAAGUACCUCCCCCACAAACGGUCAACAUUUUGAAUAAUUACACCUUUUAUAAAAUGUCAUGUAAGAGUCCGAUUGUCUUCAAAUUACACAUAUUAAAAUAUUUUUAUUAACCCAAGUUCUGGUGUGAAUAUGGAAUAUAUUGGUGCACUCCUUCUGGUACCUCCCCCACAAAAGGUCGAAAAUUUGAAUAUCCAUUAGGCUCAUAAAACGCGAAAUUAACAUCUUGGUACAUCUGAAUAUUUCCAUCAACACAAGAUGUGUUAUAUGAUGGUAUAAAUCGUACCACUGCUUCUGGUGCCUCUCCCACAAGGGUCCAAAUUUUUAAUAUCCAUGAAGAUCAUAAUACGCGAAAUUAACAUUCGAUUCCAUUCAGAAUUGGUACAUCGCAAUGUUUCCAUCAGCACAAGAUCUCUUGUAAAGAUGGUAGAAAUCGGACUAUUUCUUGUGGUACCUCCCCACAUAGGGUUCAAUAUUUUGAAUAUUUUACACAUACAAAUACUUUCGUUAACAGAAGAUCUGUUUAGAAAAUGACAUAUAUAUAUAUAUAUAUAUAUAUAUAUUCAUAUAUUCAAUACUUUUAGCUAUGUCUAAAUAUUACUUUCAACCAAAAACCUGUGAUGAAUAUGAAAUUUAUGAAUUCGCAUAAAAUUGGUCUGAUACAAAAUGAACAAGAUUGGCCCAUUACUUCAGAACCUAUUGCAUAGAAGGUCAACAAUUUGAAUAAUCAUAACACAAGUCAAAAUAUAUUUCAAUAAUCGAACAUGGGCUGAGGGCAUACAUCUGUCGGCUAAACUGAGAUGUACUUUUUAACUUAUUUUAUAUUAACAUGCCUAUGUCAUCAGGUGUUACUCUAUGUAAUUUAUAUAGAUCGAUAUGAUUUCUAUGGAACGUAAUCCUCGAUUGUAGUAUGAACGCCUGAAAGCAUCAUUGAAUGAAAAAAAUAGAUUUAGAUUUUAAAAAUCUAUUUCAUGUGAAUCUCUGCGAAUGGAAAAAUCUUGAAAACAAACAAACGUGGACGUUUUGUGGUAUUCGUAUUUUCCUUAUGGCAGUAGUGUGAUAUUUCAAUAUUUUUUCGGGAGAUGUCGAUAUACCCCAUGGUUAAAAUCGAUCAUUAAAACAAGAAUACCAAUUCAAUUCCAAAAAAAAAAAAAAAAAUAUGUUGAACAGUGUUAUUAAAAAAAGCAACAAUAUUGACUUAUUAUUUUAAAAUUUUUAUUUUUUGUUUUUAUUAAAAAAAAAUAAAUAAAUAAAAAAUCCUAUUGCAAUGUAGUAAUAACUAAUAAUUUUUUAUUCAUACAUUUAUAAUGUAUUUAUGUAUAUGCAUAUAUCUAUAGUAGUCUUGAUUACAAACCAAUUUAGUUUUUAGUUUAGUGAAAUCAAAUUAUUUUUUUAAGUCGUUUUUAGUUUUUAUAAAAGAAACGACGAUAAAAGAGAACUGAACGCCACUUGAAUUGAAUUUUAAUUACUAACCCAUGGCAGAGAAGUAAAAAUUGAAUUAUAAUACACGAAAAAAUCUAAAAUGUAUAAAGAGAAAACCCAGAAGAAAGGGAAAGAAAAAUACUUUCCCAUUCCUAACUGGCUACUGCUACUAAAUUUUCUAUUCCCAUUCCCCCACGUCCCUUCACUCUCUCAUACAUUUUAUGGCUUUGUUUUAUGAAUUUUUGAAGCCCCGAAAAAUUGCCGGCAUUUAAAUUACACAUUUGAAUUUCCCAAAAAAAAAAAAAAAAAUUAAACCUAACCUAUAAAUAUUUGAAUUCUUUUGUUUUAAUUUAAGUGAAAUAAAUAUAAAUAAUGAUUAAUUGGAAUGAAACAAAUAAAUUUGUUGUAAAAUUUAUAAAAAAAACUUAACCAGAACCAGAAUCCAAUUGUAAUGUGCAAGAUAUCUAACAAGAAUCACAAUAUGUAUGUGUUAUAAUGUAAAAAAUUAACAAAAAAAAAAAAGAUAUG